GGACUGGGGCUGUGGAGGAGGAAACAGGCGGAACCACAGUGCUGAGGGCGGCAAAGAGGAGGGAAAUUUAAAAAGUCCGGACUGCCUGGUGGUGGUGACAGGCUAACUGAGUCGCUCGGAGAAACCAGUUACCCUAGCUACAUAAUAAUCAUUAAUAACUUACAUAAGCAGUCCGGAAAUAUUAGUUGUAAACAUAUGAUUCUUUUCGAAACGAGUAUCGACCUCUAUGUCACAGAAUGGAGACUCAUUACGAUCAGAUUUUAGACUCACCCUCCAAAAACAGUUACAUUGGGAGCUAUUACCAGCCUCCAGACAGGAUACUACCAGCACACUCAUCCAUCAGCAUGGACCCACAGAUGAGCGGCCCUCGGGUGUCUCAGACCAAACCUAAUAUUGACAGCAGAGCUGUUGUUGAUGCAUUGAAGACCCUCCAGGAGAAAAUCAGAAGGUUGGAGCUGGAAAGGAAGCAAGCGGAGAAGAGCUACCAGCAGUUUUCCCAUGAUGCUCAGAAUCAUCAACAGGUCAAAGCAUCUUACACGGGGCCCAGUCAACCAGCAGCCAGCUUGCCUGAGACAGAUAACUCAGGCAGGAAAGAGUUGGACUCGAAGCUCCAGACUGCAGAGGCUCGGUGUAAUGUUCUUGAGAAGCAGCUGGACUACAUGAGAAAGAUGGUUGAAAACGCUAAGAAGGAGAGGAAUGCUCUCAUGGAGAAUCAGGCUUCACUGCAGAGCCAGCAGCCAAGCAGCUCAAACACCCAAUCUCAGCGGGAGAAGCUGGAAAAACUUGAAUCAGAGUGUCUCAAAUUGAGUAGGACCCAAACUGUGGCAGAGACGAAGCUUGCCGUUCUGGAGCAAAAACUACUCAAAGAAGAGCAUGAGCGUAAACUUGUGCAGGAGAAAGCAAACGCGCUGCGGAAGGAGUUGGACAUCAACCUUCGAUUAACUGUGCCAACUUCUGAAGAGAUGAAGCCAAAGAAGAAAACAAAAAAGACCAUCAAGAAAACCUCCAGACAGAAUGAGCUGGCAUCACCAAGUGGCCCAAGGCACAAAAAAAUGCCCUUUGUUGCAGGAACAUCGACAAGCCCAAGCCAUUCAGUCCACGCCAACAUACAAAGUAUACUUCACAUGAUGAAGCACCAUCAGCCCCAGCUUUGUGAACGAGUGAGCUCUCUGCACAGGUCUGGUUGUGGAGCCAAGAAAAGCCUUCAAAAGGACUUUUCUUCAUCUUCCACCACUGACAGAGAGCUCGAACAAGCAGAUCAGUCACUGGGCUCGCUGUCUGACCUGCUCUUGGCUCUGCAGGACGAGCUAGGACAAAUGAGCUUUGAGCAUCAGGAGUUGGUGGGUCAGAUAGAUGCAACCCAACAUCGCAAGCAGAGGCAGGAUCUGCAGAGAGAACUGGAGAGGUUGGUUGCGAGGAUGGAGGAGAAGGGAGCUCAGAUCACUAAGCUCCGCAAACACCAGCAGACGGUCCAUAAAUUGACCCAGAGACAGCCAUGUGCUGAGGAACACACAGCCAAGAAGUUGAGUGGGAUCGAGCCACCUGUUCCUUCUCCUGUUAAGGCUAAAAGGAAAGGAAAGAAAGGUUUGGCCACUCACAACAACCUGCAGCUUCUCAGAGAGACCCAGAAGUUCAGAAACAGCCUACAACAAGACGACCUCUCCUGGGAAACAUGAGGUUCUCUGAAAGACUGUUCUGUGUGUGGGCUUUGAUGCUACAGCUGGUUGAACCACAAGACUCCCCCUUUGGUUCCUUGCAGCCUGCUUUCUCUCCCCUCUCUUCAAAUGGCCUCUGGAACACUUUUAUCAACAAAUAAAAAGGGAAUAAAGUGUUUUUGUGUUUUACACAGGAAUUGAUAAUGUGUUACUUAUCAAACCUAUUGAGCAGUGGUUGAUUGACUUAUAGUACAUAUAGUUUAUGAAUCAUGACCUUAUAUCUCAUCUCAAAUGAAGUUGGAGUAAUCUGUUUUUAAUAUUUAAAAUUUUAAAUAAAGCUUAUUCUCUUUA